AUGGCGUUCCAAACGCGUCUUAAUGGAGACUCGACGCCAUACCGGCCAUCCUUCCUCACAGCUGCUCGACACCUAUACCAUGAAGGCACUAUCACACCUAUGGCGUCAUCACAAGCACCUACUUCGAAGAACCUUCUCGACCUUUAUCCCAUUCUCAAAUUCUAUCGAGGUUUUACGGUGACUAUGAUGGGAAUGAUUCCAUACGCUGGUGUAUCGUUCCUCACCUGGGGAUUCCUCCGUUCUCAUUUUCUGGCUCCAUCAACGACUGGGCGACCCAAAGCGACUCCUCUAGCGGAUCUUGCAUUCGGAGCACUCUCAGGUGCGAUUGCACAGACAGCAUCGUAUCCUUUUGAGGUGACACGCAGGAGGAUGCAAGUUGGAGGAAUCUCAAGACCGGAUAGAUGGCUUCGUUGGGGUGAGACUGUAAAUGCCAUAUGGCAAUCAUCUGGCUGGCGAGGGUUCUAUGUUGGAUUGAGUAUAGGGUAUUUAAAAAUAAUUCCGAUGACGGCGGUCAGCUAUGCAGUGUGGCAAAGCGGGAAGAGGAUUCUCAAUGUAUAG